CUCUCUCUCUCUCUCACUCUCACAGACACACUCUCCUCCUUUCCCUCUCUCCCGCUUGAGCAGCGGAACCCGUCUCCUGUAACUUUUGUAGGUUCUCUUGGUGAGUGACGAGGAGAGGGAUUGGAACAUGAGGCGAAUGCUGAAGGAAAAUAAAAAGAAAAACAGUGUGUUUGGCUAUGGAAUGCCGGGCUUUUGAGUCGCAGUGAGUUGUUGUCUGUGAUUUUGGGUGGGGGCGAGGAAGAGGAAGAAAAGGGCCUUUUGUGUCAUCUUCUUGCUUCGAUGGUUCUUGCCUUCUUGUGUUCGUUUCCUCUUUGCUAGAAACACAAAAAAAGGAGCUGCCUUGUAGUGUUCUCUCAGGCAUGUUCACCUGACAACAAUCACAGGACUACCAUCUUUGAGCUCAUCAACCUUUCUGGUUUCUGGAAUCUGGGGCUGUUCUGUGGUGACAAUGGGGAUGUUAGUCUGUUUCCACUUCAGAUAAGCUCUCCCGUCUUCUGUGAGCCCAAGCUUUUCGUUUCUUUACUCUGUGGGUGCAAAAGCUCAAGCAAAAUUCAAUUUUGCAUCAAAACUUGUGAGUGUCUUGGGUUGCUGUGCGGGCGGGCUGUUGAUCUCUUUUCUCACCAAUAUACUGCUAAACCUUCCAUCUUGGACACACUUCUUCGUACUAGUUGGGUGAGAGAGAGAGAGAGAAGAAGAAGCCCAAAGCUCAUGCUUGUGUUUUCCUUCGAAAACUCGCGCUAAAGAUGCGCCCUUUCCAUCUCAAACCCUGUGCGUUGCCUCCCCUCUCAUGCUUUCUCCUUUGUUCGUAAUGUCUUUUCAAGCUCUUUUGCUGUGUUCUCCACCUCAUAUCCUCGGGAAAAUCCCAUAUUGGAAUCGCUUGUUUUAACUUUUGGGAGCUCUUGGCUUUCUCUUCCAUGGAGAGCCAAAACCCUAGUAGAACCCUUGCCGUCAAGACCCUCCUCUUGCUUGCCUUCCUUGUGUUCCAAGCCCCAGAGAGCACCCUCUCCCAAGCCCUCCAUUCUGAGCCCACCCUCUUCCAUUCCCCAGCACCUUCUUCCCCUUCCAGGACUCCCAAAUUUCCCCAUAAUCCUCGCCUUCGCCGAAUCCUCCUCGGCGCUCUCUUUGGCUCGCUCACCGGCUUUGUCGCCUCCAUCAUCAUCCUGCUCCUGGUUCGACUUCUCCUCCUGUAUGCCUGUCGGGCACCGAUUCUCAAAGGCCCCGUCGUGUUCUGCCCCUCCAUCUCCCCCAAAACACUGCAGUCUCUGCUCUCAACCGAUGCCCAAUCGAUGCAGUUGAUCGGGUCGAGCCUCAACGGAAAGUACUACCGGGUCGUCCUGGAUGACGACGAGCUGACCAUGGCGGUGAAGAGGCUCGAACCGAGCCCCUCCAGUGGAUCUCCGCCUGUGAACUCCAACUCCCAGAAGAGAAGAGUGCAGCAUGAGCUGGAAAUGCUGGCGAGGGUGAAGCACCGGAACGUCAUGAGCUUGAGGGCCUACAUCCGUGAUCAAGAUCGGUUCUGGCUGGUGUACGACUACAUCCCCGGUGGAAGCCUGGAGGACGCGAUGGCGCGGGUGCGCUCACAGCAGCUGACGCUUGGAUGGGACGCGAGGCUUCGGAUUGCAGUUGGAAUUGCAAAGGGAUUAAGGUAUCUCCACUUUGAAUGCAGCCGGAGGAUUCUGCAUUACGGUCUGAAGCCAUCGAAUGUGAUGCUCGACGAAGGGUUCGAGCCAAGAUUAGGGGAUUUCGGAUUGGCGAUGCUGGAAAACUCUCGGCUGGAUACACCGAGCACCGCCACUCACUAUGUCGCUCCCGAGUGUUUUCAGAGUUGCAGGUACACAGACAAGAGUGAUGUCUAUAGUUUCGGGGUGAUCCUAGGCGUUCUUUUCACGGGAAAAGACCCGUCCUAUCCGUUCUUUGCAGGAGAGACAGGGAGAGGCAGCUUGGGCCGAUGGCUCAGGCACUUGCAGCAAGCUGGAGAGGCUCGGGAAGCAUUGGAUAAAGGCAUCCUAGGGGAGGAGAUGGAAGAAGAGGAGAUGCUGAUGGCAAUCAGAAUCGCUAUUGUAUGCCUGUCAGACUUGCCUGCUGACCGACCAUCGAGCGAUGAGCUGGUGGCAAUGCUUACCCAACUCCAUAGCUUCUGAAACCACACUCCUGAAUGCCCUCUAUGUGGCCUCUGUGAUUCGGAGCUUCUCGGUGCCAGUGUUGGACAUCAUAGAGUAUUCAUGCUUAGCUUCUGAUAUAUGUCUUGAACGUAUUACCGAUGACUGAUCGGAAGCAUUGUCAUUGUUGGUACUCGGUUGUUAUGAAAGAUUGUCCCUGCCUCACCCAAACUCUUAUGGAAUCCUCAUUAUGUAGUCUCUGAUGACUUUCGAGUAUGUGAGGCUUUUGGGUGUUUGGGAGUUCAACAAUGUGAAUAGUUCUUGUGCUUUGAAGUCCUUUUCGAUGUGUAAUACCACUAUUAGUGUUGGACGUUGGUGUAAUCUUUGGUACCAAGGAACAAUAUAUGUUUCCCGGGA